UAUGCCUGUACAGCUGUAUGCUGAUUAUGAAUUUAAUAUGCUUAUAAAUGUAUAAUGUUACCUAGUGCUGUAAUGCUGGUAGAUAAUAGGCAUAUAUAUGAUCUACGGAUAGACUUACCAUUUAUAUGAAACAAAGACCUGGACAUUGCAAAAUUAAACAAACCUUGGUACAAUACCGAGGAUUUGCAAUAUUCAAAUCAUUGGAAAAUGUGCGAUUUAUUCCGCAGUUUUGAAUAAUCUAACGACAGUUCAGCCAUUGUCAAGAUGUUAAGUUGGUGUAUUGAUUGUAUACUAAAUGCUGAAAUGUAAUAUCGCAAUAUAGUAAUUCUCACUGGACUAGUAACUGUCAACUGUAGUAAAGUAAGUUGUAAAUCAAUUGGGGAUAAAUUGUCUGCCUCGGUAAAAAAAUAAAUUUAUUUCAAAGAGUUAUAUAAUUUAUUGCCCAUAUAAAUCAAACUCUCAGCACAGUAGCGUAUUCAGUUCACUGAUUUAUAUUUAGUUAAAAGUUACCAUAGAGAAUUAGUAUUAUUUUGUUUACGAGAAAAAUGGAGCCUGCAUCUACUCUUAAAACUAAGUGGGAAGGCAGCGAGAUUAAAACAAUGCUUGGCAUUGUCCAAGAAAUGAAUUUGGUUGGUCUGCUUGACCAAAAGAAGUCCAGGUCAGAAGUUCUGUACAAAGAGGUUGAGAAACAGUUGACAGCAAAAGGAUAUGAAAAAAGGUUUGAGAACACCAUUGUUAUGUUAUUAAGUGGCAGCCUAUUGAUUCCAAAUUUCAGAAAAAUGUGUUGGCUUUUUAGCAAAAUAUCAUCAUUUACAAAUUUCCAACAAAUACGUAAUAAAGUCAAGGCGUUGCGUUCCAAUUUCAACAAGAUAGUACGUCUGAAUUCUGUCAGUGGGGCGGCUCACAAAACAUGCGAGUAUUACGAUGAGCUCUAUGAAAUUUUCGGCCAUCGUCCAGCAGUUGAUUAUACCCAUAUGGGAGUCAAUUUUGGAAUCACCAACACGGUGUCACUAGAAAUCGAGGAAUCACAGAAUGAAAUGCUUUUUAGCACACCAGAAGAUCAAGGUGCUGAAGAAGGGGCAACUUCAUGCUCAGGUGGUGAAGAAGGGGCAACGUCAUGCUCAGGUGCUGAAGAAGGGGCAACUUCCAGUACCGACAUUUCAUCUAAUUAUGGCGAGAAUUCAGAUUCUGGAAAAAGACAUUCUGUUGACUUGGAAAGUCUUUUCGAAAAGCAACGAAUAUGGGAAGAAAAUAUGAUGCGUGAACAAAUGGAAGCUCAUGCCAAAUUAUUACGAGAGGCUGUGCAAGAGAUGGGAUCGGUAUUUUCUGCAUGCGUUUCACAGCUUUCGAAAACUCAAGACACCAACAAAUGAAUCUCAAGUUUACUGGGCCACAACAACCAUACUCAAGUGUCGAAAAUGCGUUUAUUCUCAAAAUGACAAAUUGAAAUUGGUGCAUGCUACAAUAAAUAUAAAAACCAAAA